UGUAUCGGCACUUGUUCUGCGCGGUCACUUUACUCUGCUCUCCAUUCAGUCUGGCUUGCUUUCAUGUUCCGGAUCGUCAACGUGAUCGACGCGCCAUCUCGCCGUCAGUUUGCGCACUAAACAGUCGAAUUUGAGGAUCAUCGGGUGCGCGUGCGAUCGCCCGUUCAACUGAGUGAUUCAAACGCUUCGACGGUCCGAUCAGUUGUCGUUGGACCGCCGUCGGAUUAGGUCGUGAAAGUCGGAGCAGAACCUGCUGGACUGUGUGUGUGUGUGUGUUCGGAGCUUUGUGAGGCCCUGAUAAGAAGGAAGGAUUAAGUGGCUGGUGACUCGACUUUGGAAAGGUCGCAAGAAAGUGUAUGAAAAAAGGGAUCGAGUUACGACGACUGAACGGGGAUCGAUUACCUCAUUUUUGAGGUUAGUUUUUUUUUGGUUUUGAAGAGGAGUUUAGUGUUCAGGCCGGAAAUAUGGAGUGUCUUGGCGGGGAGUUCGGGAGAGCUGAUCAGAAGACCAUGCUGAGUUGCUCCAGGCGGUGAGAAAAGAUUUUGCGGUUGAGGAUAGUUUGACGAAGAAACCGAAGAUCACCUGAAGUGUUCAACCAAGAGUUCAACGGGGUGUAAUUUGAAACAGGUGAAAUGUGUUAUCAGCGCAGGGGUUGAAGUUUGAAACAAGUGGUUUCUUGAGAAAAAGGUGAAGAGAAUCGAUUCUUAAGGGGAUCAAUCGGUGGAGUUACGAUGCAACGGAUUUUGGUGCUGUUGGUGGUGGUGAUCUUAGCUGGCAGUCAGUCCCGGGGUCAAUCGUUGACGGAGGUCGAGCUGGAGGAUGACUACCAAGUGGCGACCCAGGAGUUGGAGCAACAUUGCGUCCAUCGCUGUCCGGACCAGAACCGAACCGGCUUCAACGAGCACCUCGACGCCAGCUGUGGCAGUGAUUGCUACCUUGCGCAGUGUGCCGUCGGUUGUAAACUCUGGGAACUGGCGCUGGAAUCUUCCUGCCAAAAUGUUUGCAACAAAACCGACCAGGAUCUGCUGGAGCCCAAGGAGCUGUACUGCGUGAUGGGCUGCAACGACGCGCUGAACCGGUACUUCCGGUGGCUCAAGUCGAUGAUCGGAACGCCGCCAGCACCGGCGCUGGUCGCCGACAGCUUGACGGCCAUCCUCUCGCUCGAGUGGGAGGUCCCGAAGUGGUUGGUUCAGUUUUCGCACUACAAGAACCACAGCCCGCAGAGCUACCUGGUGCAGUGGCGGUACGAGGAGGUCGCCGGCGACUGGAAGUUCUGCCGGAACCAGAGUAUGGGCGACAACUCGACGAUACGGGUCGAUAACCUGCAGCCGUACACCAAGUAUAGGUUCCGGGUAGCGUUGCUCCUGUCGCCCCACCACGACGAGGUGCUCAUCUCGGAACAGAGCGUCAUCAUCCUGACGCUGGCGCACGGACCGCCCAUGUCCGAGCCGAAAAUUGUACGCGCCGUUGCGGUAGACUAUUCACGAAUCUCCAUCUCAUGGGAACCCGGACCGUUCCCGAACGGUCCGGUCUUGUCAUACGUACUACAGAUCAAAGACAUCGACCCCUCAGGAUACAGUGCUCUCAAGGACAUCCCGGAGUCGAACUCGUCCCGGUACUACAUCUACGAGAAGCUGAACCCCGGCCGGAACUACUCCGUUUCGGUAAAGAUGCGCAACCCGGAAGGUGAGGGUCCGCCGUCCACCACUUACGUACAGACACCGCCGCAACCACUGGACCUCGACGAGGACAUCCAGCCGACGUUGAUUCUCGGAGCGGAACGAUCCGUUCUCUCCCAAGGGUCGGACCUGCUGUCGGAUCCUCCGACGGACUUUUACCGCAGUCCGCACCACAAGAUCCGCGGAACGGCGAUUCACAUCCGAAAGAACCUACUCUUCGUGUCCGAUGAAGCGGGAAACAUCGUAAAGGCUCCACUACUUAAAGGAGCUGAGAAGAACCGAACGGUCAUUCUAACUCCGGAAGCGGGUCACAACUUUAAGCCUACCCUACUAUCGGUAGACUGGCUCAACGACCAUCUGUACAUCCUCGGCCAAGUCACCGUCAACGGACUGUGGCAAAUCUCGCGCUGUGACUUCAACGGUGAUCGCAUGACGGUAGCGAUCGCUGGACUACAGCGACAACCGAUACACUUUGAGGUUGACCCGUACAACGGGUACCUGUUCUGGGUCAUUCGUACUUUCUACGCCGAUGCCGGCCUCUUCCGACUCGAUCUCGGUGACAUCUCAAACGGAGUCAAGCAUGAAAUCACACCGAUACAGCUGAUCAACCACCACAACCUGGGCGCCUUCGCCGUUGAACACACCAGAUUCCGUGUACUCGUAGCAGAUCAGGACAGCAACACCGUGCUGGCGAUUUCGCUCGACGGCAAAACCAUCGAGAACAUCCGCAACAACACGCAGAGUCCGCGCUUCAAGCAGGUCAAGGCGAUUACGUACGCCAACGAGCUGUUCUACUGGACCAACGGGAAGGAGGUGAUCGCGGAAGACCUGCACAAGAAGCAAAACUUGUACUACCACAAUGCGUACCCGUUUGCGCUACCAAUCACGUACUUUACCAUCUGUGCGAAUCUCUCCUCGGCGCAGCCGAUCCCAGUUCCGGUUAACCCGCCGCGCAACGUCCAAGCCUUGCUCACCAACAAGAAGAUCAAGAUAUUCUGGAACGUGCCACACCUGCUCGGCAUCAAGGGCAAGGGUGCCUGGCAGGAGUGGAUGUACAAGCUGGAGCUGGUCGAGGAAACCACUGGCAAGGUGGUAGCAUACCCGGACAUUACCGGAACCACCUUCACGUCCAUGGACGUAGAGCUGCUCAAACCGGGACAAGAGUACGUGAUCAAGGCGGCAGCGUACACCCCGGCAGGUCGUGGUCCCUGGGGUACGGAGUUCCGGGUACGAACGCUCAAGGACAGCCACGAGCGACAUCUGCUGUGGUCGGGUAGCGAAGGAAUCAUGCGAAGUGACGUGAUCGGUGACGGCGUUGAAACGGUGAUAAGCCGGACAGAGCUCGAAGAUGGAGUAGUGACGGAUAUCGCGUGGUUCGAGAGUAUCUUGUACGUGGUGAGCAACUCGUCACUGGUGUUCUACAACCAAAGUGAAAGUGGGAUUGGGAAGGUCUGGGAACUGGAAUCGGUUGAGUGCGUGACGGUAGACUGGAUCGGGCGACGGCUGUACUACUACAACCCAUCGCAGCAGAUGAUUAUGCGGAGCAGUCUGCACGGUGAUCAACACGAACCAAUUCAUAACGUGAAGAACGUGCGGGAGAUAAAGUUUGAUGCGCUGCGGGGGUACAUCUACUACACAUCGGAGUUUUCGAUGGAAGCGUUCCGGUUGAACGGGAAAGACAAGCAUAGCUAUUACAUGGAGAACGAUCGAUUCACUGGAAAGGUGGUGAUCGGAUUGACUCUCGAUAUGGAUAACGAGCGAGUUUACUGGAUCGUGCGAAGCAUCAGCAACUCAGAACUGUUCAGUGCACACAUGGCUGGAACGGGAUCCGGGAAGAUAUCAUCACUAGUGACGGUGCUUUCGGAUCAGUCCCGAGGGUCGUUGACCCACUUUAGCGAUCGUCUUCUCUGGCUUCAACAUGACGAAGUUGUCGUAGGAGAUCUGCAAGGAAAGAACCUCGCGCACAUCAAGAACCAAAAGCUGAGCGGAGCUCGAGCGUUCACGAUUAUCGACCCGGCACAUCACAUCUAUCCGGAAGACGUACAGAAUAUCAACGUGCUACCGAUGAAGGUCAACGACAGCUCGAUCCGCAUCCAGGGCACAUGGAAAAAGUUCAGCAUCGUGUGGGAUCCGGUAGCGAACGUCAACUACGGCAAGGUGUUCUACAAGCUGACGAUCAAGGUCAAGACCAGAACCGAAAUCCACGAGCUGUCAAAAACAUCGUUCGCCUUCAAUUCAGCAGGAGCGAACUUCGUUCCAGCGCACACGGAAAUCAACGUCACCAUCAGCGCCUUCACGUACUGGCGAUCGUCGAUCUUCUCCAGUGCACGACUAUACAGUCCUUCGGGUAAGCCGUCACCGCCGUUACGUCCGCGAGUGUUCGUCAAGCACUUCCAGAAUCCCAUCCAGAACUCGCACAGCAUCGACGCAACGUUCCGCUGGUCACCACCGAAGAACUCCAACGGACCCAUCAUCGGGUACAAGGUGCACUGCUCGUACGAGGAGGACGACACCGUCAAGCACGUACUGCAGGGUGAGCUGAUCAACGGCACCGAACGGAUCGUCCCCAAUCUGGUCCACAACGUGAGUUACUCGUUCCGCGUGCAAGCUUUGACGAGUGCUCGCGAAGGUGACUUGACGGCGGCGCAGGUGGUCAACACGGCUGAGGAUCAUCCGAUUCCGCAGGCACUGAUCGUGACCUCGGAACAUGUGAUCUUGUACGACUUUGACUCACAGCAGUCGACGAACGUGGUGGGGACAUCGACGCCGAUCAACUUUAUCGUUCGAUUGGACCGGGAGGGAAAGCUGUUCUGGGUGGAUGAGAACAACGAGCUGUUCCAGUUCUACGGUAGUUCCAAGACGAAGCUGCAUACGAUCAGCGGACCGGUGCAGUCGUUGACGAUCGAUUGGAUCCAGCGGGUUCUGUACUGGUCCCAGCUGGAAUCGGUGGGUAGCGCAAUCUACGCGUUCGAUCUGAACCGAAGUGACAAGGAGGGCGUUCAUCUGGAGAGGAUCGUGUACAGAGCUGGAAACAUGAGCAAUCUGGUGGUAUCACCAAUGGAUCGGAAGCUCUUUUGGACGGAAAGGGUACCGGAGGAUGUCAUAUUUGUGCACUCGUUUGAGGAGAACAAGACGGAAGAGUUCUUCGACGAUAGCUUCGAGGAGUGUCCGAAUCGGACGGCUGGGAUUACGGUGCAUCCGGUGCUGACGCUACAAACUUCGGUGGAUGAGGAAGCUAGGCUGUUUUGGGCGGAGACUGGAGCUUUCCGGAGCAUCGGACUGAACAGCAAGACGUGCAUGAACUUUGAGUUUGAGUACAAUCCGGAGAUGCACAGUGUGGCGAAGGAUGGCGAUCACUUUUACUGGCUGGAGAAGGAUACGGCGUUUGUGCGGAUGGACAAUGGGGGCUCGAUCGAAUCGGAGAAGUUUGAUGAGAUCAGGACUUUGCUGCCGCUAAGGUUGCAAUAUUAUCCGGAGAGACGGUGCUUGAUUCCACUACAAAAGGAGCAGGAUUAUCAGGUCAAGUUGCUCCAGCGAACUGAGGAUUCGCUGACGCUGUUGCUGCCGAAGGCAGAAGUGCACCAGAACUGUACGAUAGAACCGAGCGCUAUUCGGUACCAAAUAUUCUACGAAGAGUACCGACCAGUUCAAACUAACGAGACUGAAGAAUGCGAACUGCGGAACUGCAGCUUGGUGAGCUCGUACGAUCGCAGUACGACCAUCCGGGGGCUGAAACCGUUCACCAAGUACCAGUUCCAGGUCAAACUAAUCAACUACUACCAGGAACAGAUAGGACUGACACAAGACUUGCUGGAAAGCCCGCGGUUGGGAUCACCGACGGUGUUCUCCACGGCCGCGGGAGCUCCCUCGACUCCGGAAAACGUAAGUGCCGUGGCGAUUAGCCCCACGGAAGCGGUGGUCCACUGGUCACCGCCCAAGGUCAAGAACAGUGAUCGCGUCUGGUACGAGAUCCACUGGCAGACGGAGAACAUCCACGACGGGCUGAAGAACCGCCAGCAGCAGACGUUUGUUGAUUUUGACGAAACACUAAACCACCUUUCGAUGAACCUGACGCGGCUGCAGCCGAGCAAGGCGUACACGAUCUGGAUCCGGGCGUACUCAUCCAAUACGACGUUCAGCGAGAGCUACCAGGUGAACAUCGUUACGUUCCCGGAACCGGAGGAGAUCAUGCUUCAGUCCAUCUCGUCGACCGAACUGAGCGUCAAGUGGAGACCGCACGUGAACAUCUCGACGUACAAGCUGCAGUACUCCGCGAUGGGAAGCAAGGUUUGGGAAACGGUGUUCGAGACGGGCGUCAACGUUAGCAGUCCAGAGGACGACAUCUUCCAAGUGACCGAACUGCAACCCAAGACACAGUAUCGCUUUAUUGUGCUGCUGUUCUACCCGAACCGCCAGGAUCCGUACAUGUGGCCUUCGGACACCAAGUUUAUCUACGAAACCGAAGCCGACCGACCGAGCGCUCCAGGACGACCGAUCGUGACCCAGAUCCGGCAGGAGUUCUACCGGGUUAUCUGGGAGGCGGCAAAGGACAACGGAGCACCGAUCCAGGAGUACGCGCUGGAAGCAUUGGUGCGAUCCCCAAGGAAUACGAACCGCGUGGAACGAUCAGCGGUGACGGCUGCCGGCAGUGCCGAGCUGGAGGACUACGGCGAAGAAGACAUGAACAACACGAUCCCGACGAGGGUGGACGUUUCGUCGACGGACAGCGAAGAGUACGAAACGUUCGACGAACACUGGGAGCAGGUGUACAACGGAACCGAAGUGUACUGGUUCAUCCCGGAGAAUCGACCUCUGCACAAGCACACCUUCCGGGUGCGGGCAAAGAACUCGUGCGGCUGGGGACCGUACAGCGGCGAAAGCGAACCCAUCAGCGCUCCUCUGAUCUCCGGACAAGCCAGCAGCUUCCUGAUCAUCGGAGUGAUCGCUGCUUCGAGCAUCCUGCUGCUGAUCUUCGUGCUGAUAUGCGUCUGUGAUGUGGAGCUAGCGAACCUCCGCGAGCUGCCCCGCCGGGGCAAUUUCAUUCACAGCAACAACAUCCUGUACAGCUCCGGGCCACUCACGGACUCGGAGAUUGCGCUGCUGCCGCAGAUCCGGCGCGAUCAGAUCACCAUGACCAGAUUCCUGGGCUGCGGAGCGUUCGGUGAGGUGUACGAAGGCAUUGUCAAGGGAUUCGGUGCCGAAGCGGAGACUAGUGUUGCCAUUAAGACCCUUCGUAAGGGCGCUACCGAGCAGGAGAAGGCCGAGUUCCUGCAGGAAGCGCACCUCAUGAGCAACUUCAAGCACAAGCACAUCCUGAAGCUGAUCGGCAUCUGUCUGGAGUUCGACUCGCUGCUCAUCGUGAUGGAGCUGAUGCAGGGUGGUGACCUGCUGAGCUACCUUCGCUCGAACCGGCCAACGCCGGGUGUUCCAUCCUCGUUGACGCUGCUGGAUCUGAUCAGCAUGUGCGUGGACGUUGCGACGGGCUGUCGGUACCUGGAGGAGACGCACUUCGUGCACCGGGACUUGGCUUGCCGGAACUGUUUGGUUUCGUCGCCGGAUCCGAAGGAUCGCGUGGUGAAGAUCGGCGACUUUGGACUGGCGAGAGAUAUCUACAAGAACGAUUACUACCGGAAGGACGGUGAGGUGCUUCCGGUGAGGUGGAUGUCUCCGGAAAGCUUGGUGGAUGGAGUGUACACUUCGCAGUCGGACAUCUGGGCGUUUGGAGUACUGCUGUGGGAGAUCAUGACGCUUGGGCAGCAGCCGUAUCCGGCGCGGAACAACGUUGAGGUUUUGCAUUGUCGGGGUGGUGGUCGACUUGGUCGACCACAAGAUUGUCCGGAAGAGCUAUACCAACUAAUGCUUAAAUGUUGGAGCUACUCACCCGAGGAUCGACCAACGUUUCGGUACCUGCUGGAAGUGCUCAAGUCACUCAAGGAGCGCACCAGUGACUCUAUCCAGAUCACUUCCCAGUUCCCAUGCAAGGUGCAAAACGGUGCGAUCUUUAACCGAUCCUAUCUGCUUUCCGACAUCAAUCACAAUCCGUUCAUGGCAGAUAUCAAGUUCGGCAGCAGCGGAAGCGGAGGAGCCUUCAUCAUCACCCCCAACGUCUUCCAGCGGUUCCGGUGCGACGGUCAUGACCACGACGAUACCAAAGUAUCUGGAACUCGUCUACGACGAUAACCAUAGUUCCAACAGCAAGUGUUCCACCGGCGAAGACGUCCCGCUGACCACGGGCUUGACCGUGGCGCUACCAAACUGCCAGCAACCCAUGGGUGAGAUGACGGACAACGGGUACGAGAUCCCGAUCCACGACAUCAUCAUGCGGCAGCAGCAAUCCCCUGCUGGAAGCUUCAAGGUCGAACCUUCUCGAGCUCCUCGACGGUCAGCAACGUGAGUACGUUGCCUGCUUCUGCAGCCGGAACUUCGGGAACCCAUCACCACCAACCCCCUCGGAUAGACGACUGUUCCAGUCUGGAGGCACUGCUCCCGAUCAACUCGAUCCUAACCGUACGGUUACCGGACGAGCCAGAGUCGCUGCCUGCGCAAGCACCGUCACCGACGGUUGACAGCGUCGCCGAGAACAAUAGUAUUAGUGGCAAGGAACAAUCGCAGCAGGUCAGCUUACCGGCAGAAGAGUGCAAAACGGUUAUGUAAGGCGAAAGCGAAGAAGGCUAGCAGGAAACAAAUACAAGUCGACACGUGAAGACAUUCCAAAGAAGCGACACGACACGCGCAGUAGGCGAUAGGUUUAGAUGCUCAAACUAGCGAUAAACAGCUAGAAACGUCACUUUGACAGUUAGAUAGUUUUUCCAAAUGACAUUUCAAAGUAAUUAAUUGUAAAUAGUUAGAUGCAGUCAGCUAGCAGUAAGCAAGAGGAAAACUCAGAAUAAGUUCCAAAUGUCAGUGUUCUCGUCGCCAAAAAAGGAACUUCCGGAUCAGCCGCACUUGCCGUGCAACCGUCGGAAGUUUCCGUCAAAUUUUCCUAAUAUAAUUACAGAAUUAAUUGUACAUAUAGUUUAACACGAACUGAAACGAGCAAAUUUUAAGCAAUCAAUACCAAAUUGUAAAUAUUUCCUUUUUUUGCGUUUGCUGUCGGGUACAUGUGACAAUACCAGGGUUUACGAGUCACCCUUAUAUUAAAGGUGGCACUAACCUGCAAAAGUUAGCAUUUUUAAGGAAUCUUUUAGUUGUUAAGACAACCACACUGUCGCGUACUAUCUACUACUACUACUUCUGCAAUAAGUUAUUUUUCCGCUUACCUUGUGUUUAUAGCUUCUAGUGAACUUUGACAGCUAGUGAACUUUGACAGCUCGUUUUAAAGAUGGCGGCGCACGUGGCAACGAAACCAAGUUAGAGGUUAGAAAUAAAGAUGGAAAUAUUUUCACUGA